AUGGGCGCGGCGCGGCGAGACAUGAUGCAGAGUUGCGUCCGCUGGGCGGCGGAGGGCGCGUGCAGUGACAACUCCAGUUACAUGCUUAAACUAUGCCCUGUCGCCUGCGGCGUGUGCGACCUCGAGUGCAAGGCGCGCCGCCUGACGCCGCACACCUGCCGCCGCCAGCCCGACUAA